AUGCUCGUCACCUAUUGCCCAGGUAACGUGGAAUACUCGGGAUUCCACUUACCCGAAUGGGCAAACGCAGGAAUCCCGCGUAUUGGCAGAUCUGUCGUGAUCGACGGAUGCGCACAUUUGCAAAUACUUGACGAUCAUUUGCACUCUCGCUUGGAAUGUCACAUUGGAUACACGGAUGAUGGAUUACGCGGACUCCCGAUUAGUGAAAUUGAUGUUGAUAACAAGAAUGAUAAAGAGGAAAAAGUCGAGGAGAUGCGCGCGAGUGAAAUCUAUCAUGAUUGGAAGAAUGAGAGACACGGUGGAAUCAAGGAGACACGCGAGAAAAAUAAGCGGGAACGACUAGAAAGGGUGGUUGAGUCGCGGCAAAGAGUGAUUCGUGUGUUCGAAUGCGAAAACGUACUUAGUAGUGGGGCUGUUUCUUCCGAGAAUUUGAGAAAGAAAAAUCUAAAAGUUUCGGAUUGGAUUUGUGGUGAGGUUGUCAGGAUUGGUACACUUAACAAGCAUUGCAACAUUACCUUUCAUUUUGGAACCGUGCUGUUUCAUACAAUCCAUCUCAUAGUCGAGAUGAAGACGGUAAGUACUUGA